AUGUCUACAAUAUACGAAGGUUUUGUAGAGCACCCCGCGAAAUUUUAUGCUCAAGAACACAAUGCACUAGCCCGCUCUCUUCGCGAGAACGAAGGCCGAAUCGGCACACUAUCUCCCCAAAUGGCGAUGCAAUCCAGCUUCUCGGCUGGGCUCAUUGAAGCGUCGAGCCUGGCGAGAGGUGAUCGCACGAACAAGUAUGAUUUAGGAAAUGCUUUCCACACCCUGAGAAUUGUGGCAGCAUUGAUGGUGGGCAUGAUGAGUACGUCGCUGGUAUUUAUGCCACCUAGAUACUGGUGGCGUGAUCAACUGCCGUGA